AGUUCAGUAUCAGUGCAUCGUUUGCCCAUCAAACAAGCAGUUCGCAAAUGCGGACGAAUUGCAGUUUCAAAUAUUAGUAAAGCAAUAACAAUGAAGUGUGGAUUAAUAAUAUUUAUUUUCUUGAUAGCACUCUGGCUAAGUUUGGUGAUGGGAGAUGAGGGUUACUAUUCCAUCAUCGCACCCGGCACACUUAAAUCGAAUCGAAAAUACAGUGUUGUUCUAACGUUACACGAUGCCACCGAACCGGCUACAAUACGUUGUGGCAUUGUGGGACCCUCAUACAAUCACAACGAAGAGGUGGUUUUACAGCCGUUCGCAUCACAACAACUCGAUUUUAUGCCAGCAAAACUUAAACCGGGCAAUUAUUUAUUUUUUGCUGAAGGCCUCAGCGGAUUAUCGUUUAGAAAUGAGACGAUGCUGUUGUUGGAGGAAAAUGCCGGUCCACAUAUUUAUGUACAAACUGAUAAGGCGGUAUACAAACCAUUGGAUUUGGUACAAUUUCGAGUUUUGAUCCUCGAUGAACAUACCAGACCAGUGAAUGUUACUGAACCCAUACGCGUUGAGAUAAUGGAUGCCAACGAAAAUCGUGUUAAACAAUUCAAGGACAUUCUGCUUGUGCAAGGUGUAUUCACCAAUAAAUUCAAUUUAUCUGAACAUCCUGCAUUGGGCGUUUGGCAAAUUUUGGUAACAAUCACGGGAAAAUAUUCAUAUUCUCAAAUGAGCAGUUUUAAAGUGAAAAAAUAUGUCCUACCCAAAUUCUAUGUCACCAUUGAAAACGCGAACCAUGUCACACCGGAAAAUCCAAUAGUCAAGCUGAAAUUCUAUGGCAAAUAUAAUUUUGGAAAAUAUGUUGAAGGCAAUGCCACCAUUAGAGCAACUGACUGGAGGGGAGAUCCCAUAAUCGCCGAUCAACAAUUGGAUGUUAGUGGUGUUGAAGCCUUCGAUAUUGAAGUUAAAAAUUUCGAAAUCUAUAGGAAUCUUAACGGUGUUGCAGUUACGGUAAGGCUUACCGAGAAGUACACCCAACGCACACAAUCGGCCACGUCAUAUUUUAACAUACAACAACAGCAAUAUAAUAUUAUAGCAGAUCCAAAUGAUAUAGAAAUCAAAGAUGGGAAACCAGUGCGUUUGAAAGUUAAAGUUCAACAGUGGAAUGGUACCGCUGUCCGAGAUCGUAACGAACCGGUGUAUAUGAUACAUGGUGAGAGAACCUAUAAGAGCCAAUUGGAUGAUAAAGGAGAAGCCAUGUUUGAAUUUGAACACGAAUCGGAAGCGAAACAUAUUUUUAAAUAUCGAGAUUCUUCGGCUAUUUUACCGAACAUUUACAGCGCUGGCGAUGACUCAAAAACUAAAGAGGAAUUUUUCUGUAAAUUGACAUUACUUAAUGGCAGGCCUAAACUUGGAAAAAUUAUUGAAAUUAAUGUUUCAUCAACGAAGAAUAUACCCUACAUCGUGUACACUGUAACUGGCCAUGGAAAUAUCAUACGAACGGAGUUAAUCAAACUUCCAGCCAAUCAAAAAUCCUAUACCAUUCAAUUGAUGUCUUCCAUCGAAAUGAUACCCUAUGCCCAUAUUUACGUUCAUUAUGUUUACGGAGGAAACUAUCGGUAUGAGGAAAUGGUGCUGGAUUUUCCAAGGGAAUUUGAAAAUCAGAUUACCCUUUCGGCCCCGAAGGAGGCCAAGCCUGGACAAAAUGUCACGAUUAGUAUAAAAGCACAACCGAAUUCAUAUGUUGGUCUACUCGCCGUGGAUUUGGGUGUAUAUCUCUUGGAUAGCAGCUACGAUUUGGAUGGUAGACAAAUAUUAAAUGAACUAGGAAGUGAUUUGACUUAUAGUCCCAUAAAGUCAUUACUUUAUCCUGGUAUUAUUUCAGGGCUUCUAACACUCACUAAUGCCCAUUAUCCAUUCUCCAUGGUAAUAGAGCACCAUAAUCCAGUUUCAUGGGGAAAAUUUCCAGGUGAUUUGCGAAGUAAAUUUCCAGAAACAUGGAUAUUCGAAAACCUUGAUAUAAAAAAUGAAAAUACCCAGCUAACUCUAGAAAUACCCGAUACAAUUACCACUUGGCGUAUAACAGCAUUCAGCAUUCACAAUAACACCGGCCUUGGAAUUGUCAAGGAGGCCACAAAUAUUGUAACAUUUAAACCCUUCUUCCUUGACAUCAUCCUUCCCUAUGCCGUUAAGAAGGGUGAAAUGAUAACCCUGCCCGUAACUGUGUUCAAUUAUCACAAUACGAGUCUAAGUGCCGAAGUUACGCUGUACAAAAAUGGGGAUGAGGAGGACUUCGAAUUUAGUUCUGGCAACAAACAGCAAGAAACUAAAAACAUAGAACUGCCAGCAGAUGGCAUUGGAGUUGUCGAAUUCACAAUAAAACCCCAAAGUCUCGGCAAUCUCAAAUUGAAUAUAUCUGCCACGGCGUCUGGUGACCUCUUUUCAGAUGCUGUACUCCAGCAUCUGAGAGUUGAACCUGAGGGCACUGGAAACUAUCAAAACCAAGUAAUGAUACUUAAAGUGUCUGGCAAGGAUAAUGAAUUUUCUUCAAGUCUGUCCAUCAAAGUUCCUUCCAACAUUGUCACCAAUUCGGAAUUCAUAACCCUCUCCAUGGGUGGUGAUUCGCUCGGUCCAACAUUGGAAAAUUUAAAUAAUUUGGUAAUGAAGCCUACCGGUUGUGGUGAACAAAACAUGGUGAAUUUUGCCCCUAAUAUUUUGGUGCUGCAAUAUCUCAAGACCAUUGGCAAAUAUGGCCAAGAGAAAAUGUUAGUCAAACAAGCCAAGUCAUUUGUGGAAAUCGGCUACCAACAGGAGUUGUCUUUUCGCCAUGCCAGCGGAGGGUUUAGUGUUUUUGGUGAAAAUCAAGACAAGGGUGUAGCCAGCACCUGGUUAACUGCAUAUGUUGUCAGAUUCCUUAUUAAAGCUGCCUCGUUCGUUUCGGUGGAGGAGAAAGUCAUCAGAAGCGGUUUGGAUUAUUUGGCCGGCAAUCAGCAGCCGGCCGGAGAUUUUGCGUAUACAGGUUAUCUGUUCUAUCCGGCGCAACAAAAUCGUUUCGGGUUCACAGCAUUCGUAUUGAUGACUUUCAUGGAAAAUAAGAAAUAUUCCAAAAAAUAUAAAAACAUCAUUGAAAAGGGCUUGCAGUUCUUAAACGGAAAUGUUGAUAAAGAUCACGAUGUCUAUGCCUUGUCAAUUAUGGCGGCAGCUUUUGGAAUGGCAAAACAUGAAAAUUCCACGAAAGUUCUUGAUAAGCUCUUGGCAAAAGCUCUCACGAAAGACAAGCUACGCUGGUGGUCGGCCAAUGAUAAGAAUGGAGAAAAGGACGUUGAGAUAACUGCCUACGCCCUGUUGGCCCUCUUGGAAAUUUCUUCUGGUGAUGAUCAUUCCGCCAUUUUUGAAUGGCUAAUGCAAGAACGCAACAGUAAAGGUGGAUUUCAGUCAACGCAUGAUACGGUUGUGGGCUUACAAGCUAUUGUAAAAUAUUCCCAAAUCAACUCAGCGAGUAAUAAUCAGCAAAUAAAUUUACGCUAUGCAGCCUUGGAUGAUAAAGGUCGCGAAAUGAAAACAGAUGAGUUUACCAUAAACGGGGAAAAUAAUUUGAUACUGCAAACGCAUAAGUUACCACGCUCUACCCGUUCCAUUAAUUUUAAAGCUACUGGGAAUGGUCAAUCCAUGUUACAACUCUCUUCCCUGUACUAUAUAACCGAGGAAACAGGACUAAAACAUUUUGAUAUAAAACCCAAGGCCCAUCGAGUGAAUGUGCUGGAACUUAAUGUGGAAAUUUGUUUCACUUAUCUAACGCCUUCAUCCAAGAUGGCAACAAAGAAAAAUGAUGAUGACAAUGGACCACACUUUUCUAAUAUGGUCAUAAUGAAACUUAAUUUACCCUCAGGAUAUCGCACGGGUGCCGAAUUGAGUACCAGUCUUUUGGAAAAUGAACUAAUACAACGUACUGAACCGAAAAAUUCCCAAACUACAUUAAUAAUCUAUUUUGAUAAUUUGCAAGCCGGCGAUGAAAAUUGUAUUACGGUUCCGGCUGAUAAGACACAUGACGUCAUCGACCGCAAACCGGCGGCCAUUGAAAUGUAUGAUUAUUACAAUGCGAGUCGUUCGAAUACUGUAUUUUACACUAUAGAGUAAUUAAGCAAGUCGAUAAUUGUUAUAUCCUCCAUCAUAAUAUGGAGGGUAUAUUAAGUUUGUCAUUCCGUUUGUAACACUUCGAUAUACAUUUUGGAUCAUUCUUGAUCAGCAUAAAAUUCUAUGUCGAUUUAAAGUCUACCCGUUUGUGGAAAUCACUCUAGCUUCCGAAGGAAAUGAAGUAAGUUGAUAACAUUUUAAAUAAAAUGAAGUAAGUUGAUUGAUUGAA